GAUCGCCUAUUUUUCCGAACGCAAGUUCUCAGUGAUAUUCCACAACAAUGACUCCAGCCGUGGUACAUCAGAACCGGCUAGCACCGGAGAAUAUCGAAAGCUUCGUCAACGACUUCCUGCGGGAGGAUUUGAAACUGUACGACCAACAGCUGAGCCACAUGAACGGCGAAAUCAUGGAAUACGUCCAGCUGAAGAACAUGAUCGAAAACAUCCAGGAAAACGCGGCCGAGGGGUUCAAAACGCAAGUCAAUAUCGGUGGAAACUUCUUCAUGAAAGGCAAGACGGACCGAGUGGACCGGAUUUUGGUGGACAUAGGACUGAAGCACUUUCUGGAGUUCACCCUGGAUGAAGCGCUGAAAUUUGUGGACAUGAAGAUCAAGGUGCUCACCAAACAGGCCGAUGUGAUCCGGGAUAAAAGCGUGGAAACCAGAGCCAAUAUCAAGCUGGCGCUAAUGGUAAUCGGUGACACGAAUCAGCUAUAUGCCGGAACGGACCGAUGAUGCUGCGGUUGGAGAGAAUAAUAAUAAUUAUUUAUUUUUAAGG